ACGCGAUCGAACGCUGCGCGCCGAGCUCGUCCUUUGCGCCAUAAAGACGCGGUAGGGGGGCAGGAGGGGGGAGGGGCUUCCCCGCUGUGGGGGGGCUUUGGCAAACACAACGCCGCUCGACAACAGAACAGAUUUCUAUAUAUGUACACCUCCUGUCAUUGCGCGCGGAGCUCCGUCAGUCUUCCUCCUCCUCCUCCUCCUCCUCCUCUGACAGAUCUGCAAGAUGUCGAACGACGUGGCUGGCCAGCUGUUCACAUACGAAUACUGCAAUGCAAAGAUCAAGGGCAAGCCUUCGAUGAAGCCGACGAAGCAGAGUCUAUCAUGCUUCGACCAGACGCUACCUGUCUCGGUUUCAAGGCGAGCAGGAGCACACCAGAAGAUCAUCAUUCCUUCGGAAGAGUUACCCUACUACUCGGCGGGGGGGGUGUAUAGGUACCGAGGGGCGAGGAAGACCCCACAAGACUACACCAGGAAGGGAGAUGGGGAGAGGAUAAAGCGGGGUGAACUGACCAAGGAGCUCCCGAAGCCUGAACCCCCUGUGGCAGGGGCAUACCAGAAGCGAGAUAAUCCCCCAAAUACCCUCUUCCGUAAGUUUUACGAGCGAGGCGAUCUUCCUAUUGCUGUGGAGCACCGGGGUGCUGAGUUCGAACUCCGCCGGAUGGCAGAUAAGCAAGCCGCAUUUGGCGGCCGGCACAUACGCGACAUUGGAGGGGGGAGUGGCGGGUCUGGACGGAGGAGGGGCAAAACGGCAGCAGAAAAAGGAAAAGAAAAACUUGCAAGCACCUCCACUACACCCACAUCCACAGUGACCUCCAAAGACCCCACGCCGGCAAUGGACCCUUCGCUGUUCGUUCCACAAGACAAGGCGAGGCAGGACAAGUUGCAGAGGGAGAAGCCUGUGUGGAAGUACGCAGAACAGGGUCAGGAAGCUGGGGUGAAAGGGAGAGGCGAGUAUUGGGUGAGGUGUCGGUUGUGCAUGCAGAUUUGGAGGGGCACGAGCUCAAGAGUAGUGGAACAUUACUUGAAGACGCAGAAGCCGUGUCCAUCGCGCACAGGGGAAAUGGUGAAUGAGCUCGUCAACUCCGGGGGGAAAGUGCUGCCGGGUGAUAAGAAUACGCGGUACUUGCUGAAGAAUUACAGGCAGCUGCACGGGAUUCCGAAAGGGGGGGUCAAUCAAACGGAGAAGGCCGACGAGGUGGUUGAAGUUCCCGCAUACCUUGAGCCACAGCCACCGCCCACUGUGGGCAGGGCUGCUCCACCAUGUGAUGCAGGGGAUUUGCACAAGGAGAAUGCUUUGGAGGCGGCGGGGGGUGAGGCGGCGGGGUCGAACACGGUUGUCCUCAUUGUAGCAGUCAACAAUAAGGAGGUGCGCUUCGGGUCAGUCUACCAAAUGUUGGAGAGGAUAUACGACAGGAGGGCGGUGUUGAAGGACAUGGUCAACGGUCGGAAUGCAGUAAAGUGGAAUGCGAUCCGAUGGUCCACGUCGAAGUUGAGGGCCAUAUUGGAUCUGGUGUACUUCACAUUGAGGAGUGAUGAGUGGUGGACGGGGUUGAACAAGGUGGUUGAGGUGAUGGAGCCCGUGUACGGCCUCUUGAGGCGGAUGGAUCAGGACGGUACCGGUCCCACAAACCUUGUCGAGUAUGACGACAUGAUAGAGAGGAAUCUUAGCCAUGUCGUUCUUACGGUGGAGCAGCGGGCGAGCGUGAUGGAGAAAGUCAAAGAUCGCAUGAAAAUGAUGCGGCAGCCCGCCCAUGCAACAGCCUUUCUUUUGGACCCGCGCAGGAGAGAACCGAGGUGGUUGCAUGACCAAGAUAGUGCGCUUGUGCAGAAUACCAUGCGCUUUCUCUCGAGGCAGGUUGGAGGUGAAUGGAAAGGGCAAGCGCACCUUGACAUUUGGAGUGACCUGAAUGAGUUCCACACCAAACCCACAAGGAACGACCCGAAAAGGAAUGACACGAAGAUGUGGGACCCUACAGCGAAGGCAGAUGUUGACAAGAAGACACCGUCAGAAUUGUGGGCAGCACACGGUGGCGACGUGCCCGAAUUGCAGAAGGUUGCGAUCAAGGUUAUAGGCAUGUGGAGCACCGCAUCGCCGGCGGAGAGGAACUGGGCUUCCAUGGACUACAUCCAUUCCAAACGGAGGAACAAGUUGUCGCCAGAAAGGUUGGCGAAGCUAGUGUACAUACACUGGAACAUGCAGCUACUGCGUGUUCCGGAGACUAAGAACAACGGAUUUGUGGACUUGUGGUGUGACUUCGUCGAGCCCGCCCCGGAGCCUGAAGAGAACGAUGGAUCGGUGUCGAAGGGGCCCGAGGAUGAGGCUGAGAAGACAGAGGAGGAACUUGUACGGGAACGGAGACUCACAAAGACUUCGAAGGGAAGGGUUCCAAAAAAUCUCGAGGACAAGGACGAAGAGCUCACGGAUGACAGUGAUUUGGAUGACGAGCUGUGGAAGGGGAAGUGCGGAUUGUCGGAGGACUCGAGUGGCAGCGAAGAGGAUGACGACGAUGACUCCGAUUUCGAGCUACGACCGGAGCCGUCCGUCCCAGGCACGACGUACAUCGGAAGGAGGUGGACCAGACGACAACGUAGAGAAGAGCCACGCCCGACAGCGACGGAGCCCGAGGUAAGGGAAACUGCAUUGUACAAUCCGCAAUCUGAUGUCGAGUUCGCACGACUAGAGACGGAUGUCGAGACGUUGCUGGAAACGAGGGUGGACGAAGAUGAGGAGGAUGCAAACCGUGCCAAGGCUAUGGCUGACCGGGAGACCGAACUCGUCAACAAACGUAUGAUGGAGGAGGCCCGCCGUGCAGCUAUCCCGACCCGGAGAGAGAUCGAGAGAGGUCUCAAACAAGCCAGGGAGCACCAACAGCAGAUCAAUCAGGCAUUGGAGGUUGAGAAAGAAGGAGAAGAGGAGGAGGAGCACCAGGCUGAGGUGGGAGAUUACAUGGAACAGGAAGAAGAGGCAGAGGGCAUGGUGCAACCACAGGAGAUAGAGGAGAUGGAGCACCAAGAAGAAGAGGAAGGCGCGGUGCAAGGCGGGGAGGAAGAGGAAAUGCAGCAGGAAGAGGAGGGGGAAGGAUUGGCGCAGCAGAAGAUGCAGCACGGCGAGGUCGAUACGGCCCGUGAAGACGAGCCCCAUCCCACAGCGACAGCAGUCUAACCUGUGGGUGAGCCGAGUGGGCAGGAAGAGAAAGGAGCCAUCACAGGACGCUCCUGCACAGCCGAAACGUC